CAGACCAGAAUUCAUAUCCAUUGGUCAGGGGCAAAUACCAAGAGCUCUGCGUCCUCAGUCAUUUCGUGCUACUUCGUCAACUCAGAGCCAAAGAAAUCUUGGAAGAUGAAAAUGCUAGCAAGAAGUAUCCUGGUACUUGUCAUCUUUGAUGCUGCAUUGACUGCCCCGACUACAGAGCUCUUUAACUAUGACUCAGAAGUCUACGAUGCCAUUUUGGAAGACGUGGAACCCUUUUAUAAUUAUGAACAGAUACCUAUCAACCAAGUACAGACUGAAAAAGUGACAGAGAGGCUUUCUGGGAGCAGAGCACUCCUCACCCCAGGCCCAGAGCUAGAAGACACACAGGACGAGGACAAGGAUGAAGAAUCCACUCCCCGGCUGAUCGAUGGCUCUUCCCCACAGGAGCCAGAAUUCCCAGGACUUCUGGGCCCACACACCAAUGAAGACUUUCCAACCUGCCUUCUCUGUACUUGCAUAAGUACCACUGUAUACUGUGAUGACCAUGAACUUGAUGCCAUUCCUCCACUCCCUAAGAAGACUGCGUAUUUCUAUUCACGCUUUAACAGAAUUAAGAAGAUCAACCAAAAUGACUUUGCCAGCCUAAGUGACUUAAAAAGGAUUGAUCUGACAUCAAAUUUAAUUUCGGAGAUUGAUGAAGAUGCAUUCCGAAAGCUGCCUCAUCUCCAAGAGCUUGUCCUACGUGACAAUAAAAUAAAGCAGCUUCCAGAACUGCCAGCCACUUUGACAUUUAUCGAUAUCAGCAACAAUAGACUAGGAAGGAAAGGGAUUAAGCAAGAAGCAUUUAAAGACAUGUAUGACCUCCACCAUCUCUAUAUCACGGAUAACAGCCUGGACCACAUCCCUCUGCCACUUCCAGAAAGUCUACAGGCACUUCACCUUCAGAAUAACAACAUUCUAGAAAUGCAUGAGGAUACUUUCUGCAAUGUUAAAAAUUUAACCUAUGUUCGUAAGGCGUUAGAGGACAUCCGACUGGAUGGAAACCCUAUCAACCUCAGCAAAACACCUCAAGCGUACAUGUGUCUACCUCGUUUGCCCAUUGGAAGUUUUGUCUAG